CUCUGCUCUGCUCUCUGUCACUGCCCUGUCCCAUUACCUGGGACCCCCGCCCCCUCACCCUCUACCCUCCUCAGCCCCCGGCUGCCUGAUCUGGCCAGCCUUCCUCUGGAUUCCAGCCUCUGGUCAUUGGUUCUUCCCCUCUCUCUCCAGGCCUCUGUCCUGGUCCCUCUUCCUCUAGGUUCCCUUUCUCCACCUCCCACUUUGCAGAACCUCCCUUUUGUCAGGCUGUCUCUCCCUACUUUCUGACCUCUUCCCUUUGGAGGGCUCUUCGUGGCCCAGGCCUAAGGGGAGAUGGGGGAGGCCCAGUUCCUGGUCCUGCUGCUUCUACAACUGCUGUGGGUGGCUCCAGUGGAGGCACCAGGGCCUGGGGCAGAGGUCCAGGAGAUGUGGGCCCAGGAAGGGGCUCCUGCCCAGCUUCCCUGCAGCCUCACAAUCCCCCUCCAGGAAAUCAGCCUUCGAACAGUUGGGGUCACUUGGCAGCAUCUACCAGACAGGUAUGCACCCUCUCCGGCGCCCAGCCAGCCCCCAGCCCCGGGCUCGCGCCCCGCCGCGUCCUUCUACACGGUGCUGAGGCUGGCGCCCGGGGGCCUGCGCAGCGGGCGGCCGCCCCUGCAGCCCCGGGUGCAGCUGGAAGAGCGGGGCUUCCAGCGCGGGGACUUCUCGCUUUGGCUGCGCCCGGCUCAACGCACAGACGCCGGCGAGUACCGCGCCGCCGUGAGCUUCAGGGACAGCGCCCACACCUGCCGCGUCCGUCUGCGAGUGGGCCAGGCCUCGAUGACUGCCAGUCCCGCAGGGUCCCUCAGGACCUCCAGUUGGGUCGUUUUGAACUGCUCCUUCAGCCGCCCUGACCUCCCAGCCUCUGUGCACUGGUUCCGGGGCCCAGGCAGAAUCCCUAUUCAGGAGUCCUCCCAUCAUCACUUAGUUGGGAGCUUUCUCUUCCUGCCGCAAGUCAGCCCCGUGGACUCUGCGCCCUGGGGCUGCAUCCUCACCUACAGAGAUGGCUUCAAGGCCUCCAGCACCUACAACCUCACUGUUCUGGAUCCGGAGCCUCCAGUCCCUCUGACAGUGUAUGCAGGAGCAGGCUCCAGGGCGGAGCUGCCCUGCCACCUGCCUCCUGGUAUAGAGACACAGUCUUCCCUCACUGCCAAGUGGGCCCUUCCUGGGGGAAGCCCUGACCUGCUGGUGGCUGGAGACAAUGGCAACUUUACCCUUCGACUAGAGGCUGUGAGCCAGGCCCAGGCUGGGACCUACACCUGCCACAUCCAUCUGCAGGGUCAGCAGCUCAAUACCACUGUCACUUUGGCAGUCAUCACAGUGACUCCCAAAUCCUUUGGGUUAACUGGCAACCUGAGAAAACUGCUUUGUGAGGUGACUCCAGCAUCUGGACAAGAGCGCUUUGUGUGGAGCCCCCUGGACAAGCGGUCUUGGAAGAGUACCCCAGGACCCUGGCUGGAGGUGCAGGAGGCCAGCCUUCUUUCCCAGCCCUGGCAGUGCCAUCUGUACCAGGGGAAGAGGCUUCUUGGAACAGCGGUAUAUUUCACGGAGCUGUCUGGCCCAGGUGCCCAGCGUGCCGGGAGGGCCCCAGGUGCCCUGAAAACAGGCCAUCUCCCUGUCUUUCUCACCCUUGGUGUCCUCCUUCUGCUCCUUUUGGUGACUGGAGCCUUUGGCUUUCACCUUUGGAGAAGACCGUGGCGACCAAGAAGAUUCUCUGCUUUAGAGCAUGGGAUUCACCCACCUCAGGCUCAGAGCAAGAUAGGGGACCUGGAGCAAGAACCAGAGCCGGAGCCGGAGCCGGAGCUGGAGCCAGAGCCACAGCAGCCCUGA